AUGACAGUUACCGACAAGACUGAUGUGCAAAAGCUGGCCGUGCAAAAAGAUGUUGACGAGAUAAUUAACUUCGCCCAGCGAUUCAUGAAAGCUGGUGGUGGUGAUAUGGCCGGCGAUGAGGUCAACCUUGACCUUCAGAAGAAGGCCUUCAACCUAUUCCAAACCCUCCGGGGCCCUGUUUCAUCGGCAUUGUCUUCCUUUGAAAAUGUCAAUGAGCACCCUCUCUUGGGAUCUUUACGAACUCUUCUUGCGGCCGGAGUCUUCCAUGUCAUCCCCCAAGGCGGACCUCCGAUGACAGCCAGCGUGAUCUCUUCACGGACAGGCAUGGAUAAGAGUGUUCUGAUACGUCUGAUGCGAGCCGUGACCCCAUUUGGUCCAUUCUGUGAGACAGGCGAAGAAGAAUAUGCCCACACGCCGUAUUCCGAGGCAUACCUGACCGCGGAUAUCGCUAGCUGCUUUCCGGUAAUGUCGGACCUCAUCUUCGGCCUUGUCCUGCAGAUCUGCGACUUUCUUCGCCAGCAUGACUGGAAGAAUGCGAUCACGACCCGAAGCAACCCGUUCACCCUGGCCCACAAGUGUCCGGGCCGGACGAUGUUCGAGUACCUCUACAAGAACCCGAGGCAUGUUGCUCCCGUAACCAAGGCCGAAGCGGCUGACGUGGACCAAAUGGCCAUGGAUCUGUUCUCAUGGGAGGAUCGGCUUAGUGGUGUUGCAAAGGAUCAUGUUACCAUAGUUGAUAUUGCCGGUAGUCAUGGAAACGCCAUGAGGCAGAUCAGAGAGAUUGCUCCAGGCCAAUCCGCGGUAAGCCGUUUCUUUCUCGUCGAAUGGCCGUGUUAUGGUCGUGAUGGCUCAUGUUAUUACUUCCGGCGCAUCUUCCACGAUUGGCCGGAUCUUCCUGAAGCGAAGAAGAUCCUCCAGAAUACCACAGUCGCGAUGGACCGCGACCAGUCCCGGGUCUUGAUCCACGACAUUAUUGUCCCGGAGACGGGCGCUACCAUGACUCACGCCUGGCAGGAUCUGAGCCUGAUGGCCAUCGGAGGAAUUGAAAGUACCGAGGAGAACUUUGCGAGCAUUCUGGAAAGUAUCGGGCUUGUUCUAGUGAAGGUGUGGAGGAAGCUGGGGGAUAUUAUAGGCAUUGUCGAGGCGAGGCUCCAAUAA